AUGAUCUGCAUCAUCAUGGUGGCCCAGGUGGCACAGGAGGGGCUGUGGAUGUCUUGCAUGGUGCAAAGCACAGGUCAGAUGCAGUACAAAGUGUAUAACUCACUUCUAAUGCUGCCCCAGGACCUGCACACUGCCAUCGCCUUUUGCAUCAUCACCCUCCUGUUGGCCCUCCUUGGUCUGCUGGUCUACCUCACUAGAGCCAAGUGUACCAGCUGCACAGAAGACAAGGAAUCCAAGGCCCAUCUGAUGUUUUUCUCUGGGAUCAUCUUUGUCAUCUCAAGGGUCCUGACCCUGAUCCCUAUCUGCUGGACAGCCCACACCAUCAUCCAGGACUUUUACAACCUGUGGGUGCUCAAGACCCAAAAGCCAGUGCUGGGGACCUCCUCCUUUGGCCUCUUGUUGCCAUGCCUGCCCCUCUAG